AUGCAGAUUCUGGCCUUCAUCGCUAUUUCUGCGAUAACCUAUCUGAUUUAUUCUCUCGUGAAAGCGAAGGGCAAAGAGAGAAAAAGAUUCACUAAGCCUGAAACCGUUCUCCUUCACCAGGUCAGUCCAACCGCUUUAUCUGUGAGUGGAUCACCAUUUUGUUUAAAGUUGGAAACGUUUCUCCGUAUGACAAAAAUUCCUUACGAAAAUGAAUACGGCAUGAAAUUUUCAAAGAAAGGAAAAGUGCCUUGGAUAGAAUUCAACGGCCAAGAAAUUGCCGAUUCUAACUUCUGCAUUCGAUUUCUCAUGAAAGAGUUUCGAGUUGAUUUGGAUACGCAUCUGAAUUGGACGGACAGAGCCAUUGGCCACAGCAUACGCACAAUGUUGGAGGAAAACUUUUAUUGGUAGGUAACAGAAUCUUAACUCAGAGAAGGUUGCUUCUUUGGUUUUGUUUGCUUCUUUGUUUGUUUUUGGUUUGAAUGUUUUUUUGUUUUAUUCUGUGGUUUUUUCAGUGGAAUUUCAUCCCCUAAGGAUGUGUUAAUAUUAUGUUGGACUCGCUGAUUGAUUCUCAAAAAGAAAUGCUAAUGUCGGGUGCCAUGAAGGAUAAUGAAACAAACUGACAGUGAAAUAAAAAACAGUAGCAACUCAAGCAAUGGAGAGAUUUGAUAUUUGACUUGAUGCGAAAACGUUGUCAGUUAAUAAAUGUGUAGAUAUAGAUUUAUAGCCACGUGUAAGAUUCAAAAGAUUCGCAAAUAUGGAAAUUUCUCAAAAUAGAAAAAAUGAACAGAAAAAACAGUCCAAAACAAUACGAUGCAAUUCUUAUGGAUAAAACUAAGGUGAAACUACUAAUGUUUAUUAAGAAGAAAGACAAGUACAAAGGGAAAACUUGGUCACGUUGUACAAAUUUACGCUUGGCAUUAAAGUGACUUUGUUGAGAAAAACAUCCGCAAAAUUUCUCCUCCUCAAGUUAGUCCCACACUUGAUAUUCCCGUUGCAUGUUGCACUUGACUAGUGAUUUAUUUACAGCCUAUUGAUUUCUUAAUCCGUCUUACUCGUCUUAUACUGUUCUUCAGUGAUCAAGGCUAUAAGUUCAAGUUCAAGUUCAUUAAACACUAAAGGACACAUAUUGAAUAACAACUACGAACUUCAAGCUUAUAAACAUGGUGCAUUAUUUCAGGCCAACAGAGGUAGACAUGUGCUAUCAUCGACGUAACAUGAUAGCCUUUUCACAGACCCUCUAGUUUUCUCUUCAAAGUCCGUCGAGCGCGCGUGAUAAAAUAUCAACGUCUGUGUACAACUGCUCGAAUUAAAUUCGACUUAAGCACGGCAGUAGCGUGACGUUUGACACCAAGUCGUGCUAUAGCCUGCGUGGCGGGUGUUUGAAAGGGGAGGGAAAGGAAGUUUUAGGCGCGAGAGGAGGGAGGGAACGAAACGCCUGUUAGGAGACCAUUGUAUUUCUCGUUUGUAACAUCCACCAGGCGAAUGUUAAAAUCCUGAUUGGUCAGUCUUCAAAACAUGUCAAUCACAGCCCUAAUACCUUCAUCCGAUUGGUUGAAAUCAACAUCAGGCUAUUGAGUAACUUAAUCGAUCUUUCAACGGCUUGUUUUACUCACUAGAAGAAAGAAAGGAAAGCCAGCUGUGUGCUUGUUAUCUGCUGUUUGACCUAAUACGCCUACCACGCAGGCUACGCUUUAUCAACGACCAGAUUGUUGAAGACGAUUUUUGGUCUUGCUUGUUAUAGACGUUAUUAAGCCGCCAGGAACUUACUUUAAUAAUUGAUUGCAGCUUUCUUGUAGAUCUUCGAAGUUCAGCUCUUCUUUCCCUGCUACCAGCGUUCUUUUGUAUGCUCCGCUGGAUUCAAUUCGAGAGCUAGCAAAGUAUUUCUCAGACAAACAUUGCAUGCAAGUUACGACGUCCAGCACGUUUCCUUCAGCAAACGACGUAUUUAUGCUGGAUUUCAUAUAACAAGUCACGCAUCGUUGCAACUUUCUUCUUUCAACAGACGACCACAUUUGAACCUUUUUUUAUAUACAUAUAGUACAUACCUUCACUCCCCUUCACUUCAGUUUUCUUGUUUUAGGAAAACAAAAGCUAAAAAUAAGUGUUUUGCGGCCAGACUUACUUGACAGCUGGUCAUUCACAGUUGUGUUAUUUUUGCAUACGUAAUUAGUAGGCGGGAUGGCGAAAACAAUGGUCUCCUGGCGGGAGUUUCCUUCCCUCCCUCCUCGCCCGCUCCGGCCCCCGGGUCCGGCCCUCGCGUUUCUCUCGCGCCUGAAACACCCUUUUCCUUCCUUUUCAAACGCCUGCCACGCAGGCUAGUCAUGCUACUGCCGUGUAGCACGGCAAGCCUUGCCGUGCUGCACGGCAGUAGCUAGACUUGGUUUCAAACGUCCGCUACCGCCGUGCCGAACUCAAUUCAUAAAUUAUAAAUACAUUAGAAUACAUUUAAAAGUUUGCUAAACCGCUAUAUUUUUGUGCUUUGUUUUCGGCAACAGCCGUUCUAUUCGACUGAAUUGAAUUCGACGUCUGAAACUAAGUCGUGCUAGUGUCGUGCUGCAGUCGAGCUACAGUCGAGCCAGCUUGGCGCGGCAGUAGCACGACGUUUGAAACAGGCCUAACACGAUUACUGAAGUGAUAUAGUACCUCUUAGAUCGUUGACAUUUUAGAUAUAUGAUGUCAUUCUCGUAGCGUCAUUCUUGUACAGCUUUCGCUAGAAGACCUAGAAUCGAUUUACGCCGCUCUCUCCUUAAACUUUUUAUUUGUACCACUCUGGUAACGUUUGCAAUCUCCGGUACACAAGCUAUGACAGCCAAAUCGGACAAACUUCGACUUUCCAAAAAGACAGAAAAACCAAAAAUUGAGUCACAAUACUUGUACGAUUUGGAACUUGGUUGAUGCUAUAAUUAAACGCAAGGUCCCAAAUGUAAUAUUAACAAACUUAGUGUCCAUAAAGAUAACAUGUCUUUUUUGUCAAUCAGCCAGACUCAGCGGUAAUUCCUGAAUUUUACUUGCUUCUUCAGUGGAACCUUCGAAUAACGAAGGGCCAAGGGACCAGCCAAUUUUUUUCGCUAUAACGAGGUUUCGUUAUAUCAAGGUUCUUUUCCAUAUCUUUUACUAUUACUGGGGUAAAGAAAAUCGACAUAUCAUUGCAUGUAUAGCAAGGUUCAACGUACAAAAAACCGCCACAUUUGCCCAAUCCUUCAUGGUGGAGCUAGUCAGCAUGUUUUUUUUUUUGUAAGCAAAACGUGAAAAAGCAGGACUGACUAUAAAGGUCUGAAAAUGAAUAUAUUAGAGUAAAAACUUGACACUAACAAACCGCGGGCCCUGUUUUAAAUUACAAGGUAAUAAAAUGAAAUACAUUAAAUUGAGAAUAUUUAAAACCUUAAAAAAAAUUACUUGAAUGUUUGAAAAACUGAAAAGUCAUCAGAUAACAUUAAAACCAGGUCUAACACCCAUCAAAUUAAUUUACACAAUAAAUGCUGAUUUUUAAAAGUACUUUUUCAAAUAGUGUUUUUUAAAGCAAUGAGUGUGCAUAGUUUCCACAUAGACAGAGGUAAUCUAUUCUAAGCCUGCUAACCAGCACUGAUCGAUAGUAGAAGUCUCUCCGUUUUACAAUUGACAAGCUCUAUUAAAACUGGCAUUCUUCGUCUGCCUGAGUGCCAGUCUCGUAAGUAAGCUUGUGCCCUCGCAUCCUCGGAGACCCAGGGGCAGUCAGUCAGUUUUCAAGCACAGGCGGAAGAGCCCCUGGGUACCGACUCUCACCGGACCAUUUCCAAACGGUCAAGUGAAUGCUGGCUCCUGAUUGGGCACAAAAAAUGCUUUGUAUUAUUGUGCCCAAUCGGGGAACAGCAUCUCCUGAGUUCUUUUCGUGAGUUCGUACACGACGCGACAGCUAUUGACUCGAUCACGGCUUGUCUGGCUCAUGCACCAAACAAAUGCACGCAGUCAGGAAACUUUCAGUUUGAUAUAAACACUUUAUUUCAAAAUACUGGUUGGUUGUCUUUACACUAGGCUGUUAAGUAAGACUUAAGAGCCGCUAAGUUUUACUUAACCAAAAAUUCGUGUGUGAAGGCCUAAGUAAAAUCUCAAGUAACUUUGCUUUGCAUCUCAUUAAAGUCGGAAAGUUGAAACGGUUCAAGAAAGUUUCAAGCGACUUGAAAACCAUCCUUAUGACCUACUUAGCUGACUUGCGGUUUUGCGGUUUCUUGAGCUUUGAGAAAGGCGAGACAUGUCAAUCAAUCUUAAUUUUGUUGCGUGGGAAAAUAACCUGAAGUAAAAAAGAAUCGGUUGUGUGUGAAGCUUUAUUUUACUUGAAGUAAUUAAAACUUACUUGUCUUGAAAUAUUUCUUAGCUUAUUUAGGCUCUAGUGUAAAGACUACCACUGUCUACCCGAAAACUAAAGACGCUUUUCCAAAAAUACAAGCUUGAGCUUACAACAGGUAUUCAUACUUGCAUCGAUCAUGCCUUCGUAAAUCUUAAGGAGUUUAAGAUUCCACGACAGCUGACAGCCACGAAAACGUCGCAUGAAAAGUGAAUUCACAUUUUUCAAGUCUCUAUCGUGAUUCUCCCAACUCGCUUACUUUGUCAAAUGCAAGCGAACUCUUCUGGAGCUGAUUUUCUAUCAACCAUAUCCAAGUUCAUAAAGAGAAAGAAAAUUUUGUCAUUGUUUGUUUACCUCCUUCACAAAACCUGAAAUUAGGCAUCUUCACGUGGUAGUCGUGCAGUGACGGCAAAGAAAUCUGCAAAAUGCGUGAUGCACGUGCAAAGUUGUUGUUUUGCCUUGUCAAGCUAUUGCUUUUUUAUUAUCUCGUCGCCGCCGCAUCUUAAACUUCCUAUUAUCUGAUUAUUUACGAUACAUUGUGAUCCGUCAGAAACAGAAUUUUCUCAGUGCAAAAUGAAUUGUUCCUGCUGAUAGCAUCCGAAACGUUUUUCGACUCAUCGGUAGGUCCUUCGUUUCUGGUUAGGAAAGUAGAAAAUGGAAGUUUCCCUUGUACGCACAAGCUUGGUGAACGAACCGGGCAACUGUGGCGACAUAAUACCCAUCGUGUACGAACUCACGAAAAGAACUCACGAGAAACUGUUCGCCGAUUGGGCACAAUAAUACAAAGCAUUUUUUGUGCCCAAUCAGGAGCCAGCAUUCACUUGACCGUUUGGAAAUGGUCCGGUGAGAGUCGGUACCCAGGGGCUCUUCCGCCUGUGCUUGAAAACUUUCGUCGCGCCUUUUCUCCCGGCCCGACUGACUGCCCCUGGGUCUCCGAGGAUGGUGCCCUCGUAAUCGCAUGGUUUUCACAGUGACGUCAUCAAUGUAAAGUCAAAAUAGCGAGGUUUUACGAUUUCUAAUUUACACUAGUUUGAAGGUAAACAAAAAAUAAAUCUUUGUACAAGUUUCCAUUCUCGUAACAUAUUUCAUUUCGAAAAUACAGCAAUUUGAACUUCCGAGUUUUUACAGUGCGUGACACCAAAAUAGGAAUGCUGUCUCGUUGAAAAAAAGUCUCUCCUCUUGAUUUUCAGCAGUAUAACCAUUUCAAGCAUUAGAAGAUAUGUUUAUGAGCACGUAUGCUAGUUCUCGAGUGAAAAGAAAGGGCUUUUAUAGAAAAAGUGAACUCCAGAUGUUUUUGUUGAUUUCCGGCGGCCAUAUUGGUGGACCAAAACGGUACACCGAUUAUGGCGUCUCCUUACAAAGUUCUACUGAGGUGCAUGAAACGUUUCGGCAAAUAACUCAGAAACUGUUGGCCACAAAGACCUGAAACUUGGACAAAUCAUUUAUAUUUUAGUCUUUUAUAACAUUUCAUUUUCUUGGCUUCUUCCACUGGACGGUUUCCAAAUUUAUUUUUUUGUUGCGCGACAGUGAAAACGAGGCACGACCUGGCCUCUUCAGGGAAUGACUUAAGACAAUGGUUAGCAAAAUUUUAGCAUGGCCAUCACAAAUUAACAAGAAGGCAAAUAUACAUAAUAGUCAUGAAGGGUGUGUGCUAGACAAACAGUAUAGCAUGCAAAAACAUCCGUUUCUCGUUUCUCCUCGCUCUUCGUCGCUGGGGACGUUUCGCGCGGAGGAACGACGUUCCUCAGCUCGAAACGUCCCCAGCGGCGAAGAGCGGGGAGAAACGGAUGUUUUCGCAGGCUACAAACAGUACAGCUAAAAAGCACUUCCGCAGUUCUGUAUUGGUAGUAACGAGUUGCAUGCGUUUCCCUGCAUGUUUCAUUACGCAAUCCUUUCUGCUUAGCAAAACGAUCGUGUCCCCAAUUUGAAUCCUUUAAAAGAGUACAAGUUUACAAGUUUACUUACUUCUUUACUGGAGUGCGUGACUUGAUUUUGAUUUCGGUCUUUUUUGUUUGUUUGUUAAUAGGACUAUGUCGCAUUAUUGCUGGUUCUCCGACUACGCCGCAGAAAUGAGAGAAAAGUUGCUUGGUCAGCUUUUUCCACCUCUUAAGUAUCUAGCCUAUUUCAUGCUAAAAAGACAAGUGAAAAAUUACUUGUGGAGCCACGGUAUGGGCCGCCAUAAUGAGCAGGAAAUUUACGGUAUUGCUGAAACAGAUCUACUGGCGGUUUCUGGAAUCCUGGGCCAAAAGAAAUUUCUGUUUGGUGACAAGCCUUGCUUAGCUGACGCUGGAUUAUUUGCUUUCACCGCCUGUUCAGCUUGGGAAUUGCCAGCGAGUCCUUUUGCUAAAAUAAUCAGAACAAAAGCUACGAAUCUUGGUGAGCACGCUCAGAGAAUGAAAGAAUUGUAUUAUCCGGAUUGGGAUAGGAUCAUCUCCAAGAAAAACAAAUCUGAAUAA